UUGGGGGUCUCCUCCCCAGAGCUUGUCCCGCGGGCUGCGGGGCCAGGUCGGGGCCGCGCCCGCACCUGGCGGGAGGUGGAGGCAGGUGUUCGCAGCCGGGUCCUGAACCGCGGGCUCUCAGCCUCUCAGCCCGGGUGCCCACGUCUCACCCUCUGCUGCUGGGGCGUCGGGAGCGCCCAGCCCUGGCCGGGCUCCCAGGCGCUCCUGCCGGCGUCUCGGAGCUCGGGACCGAGCCCCUGCAGUCGUCCCAUGGCCCCCAGAAUUCUCGGAGGGUUUCCAUAGAGCGCCUGCGUCAGAAUCAUCACCUGGGAGGUUUUUAAAAAGUACCGGGGCGGGGCCCCGCCUCGCACUGUGACGGCGUGCCCGCCGCGGGGCCUGGGACCCUGCCUGUCCAACGGGCUGCCGGGCGCUUUCUCAGGAGGACCCCGUUCUGGAGCGUUAUUUUAAGGGCCACAAAGCUGCGAUUACCUCCGUGGACUUUAAUCCCAACGGCAAACAACUUGCUACAGCUUCUUGGGAUACGUUUCUCAUGCUAUGGAAUUUCAAGCCACAAGCCAGAGCUUUCCGAUACGUGGGUCACAAGGAUGUCGUCACCAGCGUGCAGUUUUCUCCACUGGGAAACUUACUGGCAUCGGCUUCACGAGACAGAACCGUCCGGCUCUGGAUUCCUGAUAAGAGAGGGAAAUCCUCUGAAUUUAAAGCUCAUACAGCUCCAGUUCGAAGUGUGGACUUUUCAGCUGAUGGCCAAUUUCUAGCGACAGCUUCUGAAGACAAAUCCAUCAAAGUAUGGAACAUGUAUCGCCAGCGCUUCUUCUACUCCUUGUACCGACAUACACACUGGGUACGCUGUGCCAAAUUUUCACCUGAUGGAAGACUAAUUGUAUCAUGUAGUGAGGAUAAAACUAUUAAAAUUUGGGAUACCACAAACAAGCAGUGUGUCAAUAACUUCUCAGAUUCUGUAGGGUUUGCAAACUUUGUGGAUUUUAACCCUAAUGGUACAUGCAUAGCUUCAGCAGGUUCUGAUCAUACUGUGAAAAUCUGGGAUAUAAGAGUGAACAAAUUGCUCCAGCAUUAUCAAGUUCACAGCUGUGGAGUCAAUUGUGUAUCAUUUCAUCCUUCGGGUAAUUAUCUCAUCACUGCUUCUUCAGAUGGUACACUUAAGAUUCUGGAUCUCCUAGAAGGAAGGCUCAUAUAUACUCUUCAAGGACAUACGGGACCUGUCUUUACUGUUUCCUUUUCCAAAGGUGGAGAGCUAUUUUCAUCCGGAGGUGCGGAUGCACAGGUUUUAUUAUGGAGGACUAACUUUGAUGAAGUUAAUUGUAAAGAUGUUGUUAAAAGAAAUCUCAAAAGGUUACAUUUUGAUUCGCCACCACAUCUUCUUGAUAUCUACCCGAGAACACCACAUCCUCGUGAAGGAAAAACGGAGGCCAUUGAAAUUGAUCCAAAGCUUGAGGUAAUGGAUUUGCAGACCUCUGCUCCCCCUGUUGUGGAUGUCCUUUCUUUUGAUUCUCCCACAACGACGGAAACUGUUGUUAGAACUCUACCAGAAAAGGGUGAAGAGAUGUGUGGAUAUUUCUCGUAUCCUUCUUUAAUGUCAUCAGAAUGUUUGCCAACAACCUUGAAGAAGAAAGCAGAAGACAUGAGCGACCUCCCUUCUGAGAGUCACAGAAGCAUACCACUCGCUGUGACAGAUGCAUUAGAGCAUAUUAUGGAGCAGCUCCAUGUGCUGACACAGACUGUUUCAAUCUUGGAGCAGCGACUGACUUUGACAGAGGAUAAGCUGAAAGACUGCCUUGAAAACCAGCAAAAGCUUUGCAAUGCUAUCCAACAGAAAAGUUAAACAGAAAAGUUAAAAUACGAUCAGAAGCACGAUAAAUGAACACAUGUACAUAUACUCAGGAAGGUGCAGGCUUCGGGUAAUGCAACCAUGCCCAAAUUUUCAGGGCAUUUCUAAACAGGGUGAGCAACAGAACAAAAGGCAGGAGAGGCGUAAUUAAAGACUAAUUUAAACACACAAAUCAAUGUCAAGGACUAACUUAAAUCAUUACCAUUUAUGAUUGCAGUAAUAAAGUGGUAAACAUUCAAGUGACUCUAUAUUUUCCCCAUGUUAUUUUAAAUGUCAGUUUUCAUUUGUAGUCCAAACCCUACCAAGAAAGUAACCAAAUCUCUGGAUUUCAUUGUUAAGUCAUUUCAAAUCGACCAUGUUCAAGCAAUUCCUUAAAGCAAUUAAUGUAUUCUUUUAGUGAACACCCUUGGGGUAAAAUAAUUCACUUACCUCUAAAAGAGCAUCCUCUAUAUAGAGAAUGAGUUAAUGUUCUGUCUUGUGUUUCUUUCAGUUCAAAGAAAACAUUUAUCCUUUCUUACCAAUGUCUUAAAAAGAUAAUCUUAUAAAAAUUUCCAAAACACAGAUUUUCCACAGCAGGAAUACACUUAUUUUAAUUAGCAAUAAUAGUACAUGCAUGACAAAGGUCAGUGGGUUUUUAUUUAUGGUGUGUAUUGAUUAUUCUUUGACCAACCUGAAAGAGUUAAAAACAUGUGAAGCACAUAUAUCUUUUCUUUCACAGAUGAAUUCACUGAAUGAUUUGAGUUGUACUCAAACCUGUGAUCCCAGUUUACAAAGAUUACGUUCGUAUGAUUUCAUUAUGCUCGAAAGCCAGAAUGAUGCAGUAGCAGUAUUUAAAAAUAUACACACAUCUAUGUUCACAUGCUUCAGAAAUGUUGCAUAGGGUUAUUUUGGCAGCUGAAUUAUAGGUACUUAAAAAAGAAAACAUUCAUAUCAUCUUCCUAUAUAUUUUUUUAAUGAAUUGUGAUUUGAAACUAAAUGAAAAUGAGCUAGGCAAACUAAAAGAUCUUGGUUACAAAUUAAGAAUUUUGUUUUAUCUUAAGCAAUAAGAGAUUAAAUUGAAGAAAAACAGGUUGAUUUUAGCUUGCUUUUCUGUUAACCUAUACCAAGAAUAAAGAAGGUAGGAGAAGGCAGUCCACAUUAAUGAUGUCUGUAGGUAUCAUGGGGAAAACACUAGCUAUUUAUAUUUUAGAAAACAAGAAAAAGUGAGGUCCUAUUUAUGUGGGGGUCUAUAUUUAGAAAUUUUUCUUAAAGCAGUUUCAAUUGUAUCUAUGAGGUGUUUUUUUUAAUCAUCUCAUUGUGUGUUUUAAGUGCCUUUUUAUAUUACACUAAGUGUGAACUUCUAGACAUUUUUAAGAGUUGAUAAAGACCAAGUGGCAUUACAUUUUUAUAACCUCAUUGAGAAGACUAAGAAAUGAAAUGUCCUACUGAUUUUUGUUUACUCUUUUUUAUGAUUCAAGCA